UUUUUUUUUCACACAAUAUAUUUCUCUCUUCUUCCAUUUGCACCUGUCCUUCCCAAUCUCUCACGCCUCGCUGCUUCUCCACCACCCUCCCAUGGCUGCCACCGCCACGUCCGCCGCCACCUCUUACUUCUUCGGCACGCGUCUCACCACCAACAAUCCCGCCUCUGACUCCGGCAGAUUCCACGCCCUGCUUAAGUUUGGUACCAAAAAGAAGGCCGCCCCGCCUCCUCCGCCCCCCAAAAGGGCGCCAUCCAAUACCAAACCAUCCGGAGACCGGCUCGUGUGGUUCCCCGGUGCCAAACCACCGGAAUGGCUCGACGGAACCAUGGUGGGAGACCGCGGGUUCGACCCAUUUGGGCUCGGGAAACCUGCGGAGUAUUUGCAGUUCGACCUGGACUCGCUGGACCAGAAUCUGGCUAAGAAUGAGGCCGGAGAUGUGAUCGGAACAAGAGUGGAGACCACAGAGGUUAAACCAACGCCGUUCCAGCCGUACACGGAGGUGUUCGGGUUGCAGAGGUUCCGCGAGUGUGAGGUGAUCCAUGGAAGGUGGGCAAUGCUGGGAGCACUGGGUGCCUUGGCCGUUGAGGCAUUUACUGGAGUCGCAUGGCAAGACGCUGGAAAGGUAGAGCUGGUGGAAGGGGCAUCCUAUCUCGGGCUUCCUCUUCCAUUCUCAUUGACUACACUGAUCUGGAUUGAGGUGAUAUUGAUAGGCUACAUUGAGUUCCAAAGAAAUGCAGAACUUGACCCAGAGAAGAGGAUAUACCCAGGUGGCAAGUUCUUCGAUCCCCUCGGCUUGGCCAACGACCCAGAAGAGAGGGCCAGACUUCAACUCGCAGAGAUCAAGCACUCCAGGUUAGCCAUGGUGGUUUUCCUCAUCUUUGCAAUUCAAGCUGCUGUUACAGGGAAAGGUCCCAUCGCUUUCAUUGCUACCUUUAACAAGUGACAUCACCUUACUCCCACCAAUGAAACUUCCAUAGCUCGAUCCUUCUCUUCCACUGAGCCGCUCACAUCGCCUGUGCUCCCAUUUCAAUUCUUCUUCUAUACUCCCCCCACCUUGAGAACUGCUCUGUGCAAUCAAUCAAAUGUUGAGUUAAUGUACUCUCUCUGUUUUUGUAUGAUGCUGUAUGUAUUCUGUUUUUGCACUGUACUCCAUCAUGAUAUGGUAUAAGUUGGUCGUUUGAUGCAGGAAAAACAGUUGAGAACAUUAGUCUCUGAGAACUCAAUUUAAAGAUGUUCAUACUGAAUAAUUUGUGUAUACGUAACAGUAUAAAUUGUAAUGAUAAGCUUAUAAUAGUUAUGUAUCUGGAAUUUGGUUAAAGUGAAAAGGCACUUUCA